GUCGAAUGGUACCUUAGUGAUGAGGAGUUGGUAAAGUGUCCGCAGAAGUCAUGUCUUAUUUGGACAUUGAAGAUGCUGGAGUAUGUAGCAAAGUGGAUCGGUGAUUCGGGUCCGUUGCUGCUGAUCGCGAAGAACUUCCUUCCCACACGUCAACAAAUUAAUUUUCUCUUUGCGAGGGAGGAGAAUGCAUUUCCAUCCCGUUUGGAACCCUCCAGCCCCUUCAAAUAUUCUCCCUCCGGAGGACAAGCCUGUGGAUACCUCGAUCCUUUCUACAGCCCUCUACAUUGGGAAACUACGACACUUGCUUCCGUUAUGCCCACUUUUAGCGAGAAAGUUGACCCAUUCUCCAGAUCUGGUUGCUACAGCAUAAUGCGUUCCUGUGGUCGCUUUUAUGUUGGAGACAAAGCGUGUCGGAGCACAAAAGCGUCUGCAGACGCAAUCGGAGUUGGCUGA